UUAAUGUGCCCUGAGGAGCUUGAGAAAGGAAGGACUGGAUGUGGAUCUGAAGUGGAACAGUCUCAUAACUCCAGAACUAGCUGUAGUGGAGAUAACUGUGAUCAACAAGAAACAGAAACAGAAUCUGCCAAGAGGAAAAGCGACAAUACAGGACUAGGUAGCUUACCCACCCAGAGGCUUUUAAUAAUCUGCAAUAAAGUUAACUGUUGCUCUGAUAUUACAGGUGCAUCAUGGCCACACGUAACUGUGGUGAAUUAUGUAUAUGAAUCCUCCACGCUGGAUUCAAUUUCAGUGCAGGUAGCUGAAGCCUUGAAUGGAAAACAAGUCAAAUCAGUUGCCUUUAUUCUCCAUAUUCAGCAAGAGGCAAUAUAUAUAUGUGGGUCUGGAGAGGUUCAGACACUCACACCAAUUACUAUCCGUGAGAACAAAGCUGUGCAGAGAUUCUUUGACAAUAUUGUGUCCAGCCACAUUGAUGUGGAAGAUGCAGAAAGCAGAAUGGACUUCCUCGGCUGUACUUCCCUGCUGACUACAGACUUGGAAGAACUCAGGAGAGACUUGGAGAUUCUGACAGGUGUCUCUGUUGGCAUGGCAAGAACCCUACUGGAUAAUAAGCUGGUGGCAGGUCCAAGCCCGAUGUCAGAAAGUAUAAAGAAGCACAUCCUGGAUCUCUACUGUGAAAGUGACAAGCUGAAACGCCCACAUCCCCAGACACUGGCAGAGUUUGAAAAGAUACACGUAGUGGGAAAAGGAGCCUAUGGGACAGCAGUUCUGUAUCGGAAGAAGGACGAUGACUCACUGGUCAUUCUCAAAGAGAUCAAUAUGCAUGAACUGAACCACAUUGAAAGGCAGAGAGCGUUGAAUGAGGUGAAGGUACUUUCCAUGCUGGACCACCCCAAUAUCAUCAAUUACUAUGACAGCUUUGAAGAGGAUGGUGUACUGAUGAUUGAGAUGGAAUAUGCAGAGGGAGGAACAUUAGCACAGUAUUUGGCACAGCAGGAUCGAGAGUUGGAAGAACUGGAAAUCCUGAACCUCUUCCACCAAAUGGUGGCCGCAACCUGUUACCUACACGAACACAACGUGUUACACCGAGAUCUAAAGACGGCCAACCUUUUCCUCACCAAAGAAGGCGAAGUGAAGCUUGGUGAUUUUGGGGUGGCCAAAUUGAUGAUGACAGGAAGUGAGGCACAUACCAUCUUGGGCACUCCUUAUUACAUCUCACCCGAGAUCUGCGAGGGAAAAUGCUACAAUGAUAAGUCUGACAUCUGGUCGCUUGGUUGCAUCCUUUAUGAGAUGGCAUGUCGUCAGCGCACUUUUGAAGGAACUAAUCUACCAGCAGUAGUAAAUAAGAUCAUGAAGGGACAGUUUGCUCCCAUCACUAAUAACUACAGUCCUGAGUUUAAAGGCCUUGUGAUGGACAUGCUGCAAAAGGAGCCUCAGUAUCGGCCAUCUGCUCAUGAGUUGCUGUAUGUUCGUCUCCCUGAAAUGAUGGCAAAAUAUGAAGAAACUCCGGUUCAGGAGAAAGGGCCGGGAUCUGGCCUUCGGUGUGGCCUGGGUCACAAGAAAAAUGGACGCACAGCUCUUUAUUAUUUCUCAAUGUCUGAUAUGGAGCUCUGCCCUCUGGACGGACUGCCUGCCAAGAUUAAAAUUAGACAGGUCACGGUAUCUGACAAUCACAUGAUAGCAGUCACUGCGGAGAGAGCUGUGUACACAUGGGGAAGCAAUCUGAAAGGCCAGCUUGGUCAUGGAGACUUGCAAUCACGUUCACGACCCCAGCUGGUGGAAGCCCUCAAAGGAAAGUUUAUUGCCAGGGCCAGUUGUGGACGUGGAUUCAGUGUGUUUAUCAGUGACAAUGGAAUUGUAAUGACUUCUGGAGAUGGAGCCCAAGGCUGCCUGGGGCACGGGGACUUUUUCAGCACCUCCAGGCCUUGUUUGAUUGAGGCCCUGCUCGGUGUAAACGUCCAAGCUGCUGCAUGUGGUCAGCAGCAUGUGGUGUGUGUCAGCGGUGAUGGCGAGGUAUUUUCGUGGGGUAAUGGAAAAUUUGGCAAACUAGGGCUUGGGAAUGAUGACAAUAGCUGCUUGCCAAUAAAAGUAACUUUUGAGGAGCAGAUCUUUAUAAAAGAUGUAAAAUGUGGCUUAGAUGGAACCAUGUUCUUAACAGAUACUGGUAGCCUGCUGGCUUGUGGUAACAACCAAUACAAUAAACUUGGCUUGAAUGAACGACGAGGCCUUCUCAUGCAGAUGACAAUGCUGUUUGCAAGAACCGACGUUGAAGGCAGAAAAGUUCCCACAGUAGUGAAGGCAUUGAGAAACCAGCAUGUGAGGGAUGCUGUGCUGGGUCCCUCACACACGAUUGUACUGGUAGAACCUGGCAAUGUAUUUACCUUUGGGAGGAACACAGAAGGACAGCUUGGAACAGGCAACACCAAACCCUAUAAAAUGCCAGUGCAUGUUAAACAAUUGCAGCAUCAAACCAUAUCUAUUAUCAGCUGCGGGGAGACAUUCAGCGUUGCUGGGACGGAUAAUAAUAUUAUCCUCUUCUGGGGCACCUGGUCCAAGUUGACGCUCUCUCCAAAUCCGUCAGCUUCAGUCAGAGUCUGUCAGGCAGGUACUUCUGCCACCUCAGUGUCACCUUCACCAGUGGAAACCCAGGACUCCAAUUCUGGAACGGCAAGUCACAAAGAUGGCGGGAAAAAUAGUGACGACGAAAAGCAGCUCAGUGGAAUCGAGAGCAAAUCUGCCGACGAAGACAAGUUAGAUGCACCAGAGUCAUCAUUAUCACAGAAGAACACUAAUUGGUCCAAAGCUGGUUCACUGGAACAACAUGAAUCAUAUACAAGUAUGACAUCAGUUAAAGGCAAGAGGAAAUCUAAGAAAGAUCAUACAGAAACCAGCCCUGAGAGCAUCAAGUCCGAACGUAAGGAUCUGCAAGAACCAGCCAGAUCAAAACCAAAUACCUUUGGAAGUGAGAGCAGCCUUCAGGAAGGAGAAAGUAGCCAACUGGUUCCUGUUCCUGUUGUGUCUUUGAAACAGAACCUAGGGGACUGUGUAGAUGUGUGCUCUCCCUGUCUCAGGGGUAUUAUAUGUAAUAGGGAGAUCAUCUACGUCCUCGUGGAGGGCACUGAUCCACCUUGCCACAGGCCUGCCAGGAGAUUUCGUAGCUUUCGAAAGCGCGGAAACCGUGAGAGCACGGUGUUGAAGCAGGGGCGCGUCCUUCAUUAUUCCCAUUCCAGUAACGAAGCCGGAGAUGAGUACACCAGCUCUGAGAUGUCCGAGCUGGAGACCAGUAACUUCAUCCCAACGUGGAUACGAAACGAACUUAAUGAGGCAAUGGUGACCGGAGCAAGGGGAGAUGAAAAGCACAGUGAAGUUGACACUGUCACCUCUUCAACCAAGAAUGGAGUGGACGACUUGAGCCCUGCAGGUGAAAUCAAUAGAGAGGGGGCAAAACCACUCGCAGAACAGGUGGCUGGAGGUUUGGAAAUGACAAGUGGUAACUAUGAUGGAGCAAAGCACAGCAGCAUCUCCACAUCAGGAAGUUCUGAUGGACAACCAAUCCCCUUCAAACAGAAGACUGCCAGGAGUAAAGAUAAACAUGGAAAACCUGUGCAAGGUUUUGCUGUGUCCACAAGUCAAAGGAGACAUUACCAGUCCAAGAUGGAUAUGGGCCCAGACUCGGCUCGGAUCUGCUCCAAACCAGUUAAGGCUUGUGAUAGGAACAUCUCUGCUUCUCCCUGGAAAUCAGGAAUGCUGAACACUCCAGGGCCUGGAAAUCAGAAAUCACUUAACAGACCACGGAUCAGCAGGGGGCGAGGGAAGAGUAGAGCUGUCUGGCUGAACUCUGAGACUUCAGCUCUGAAGAAUUCCAAAUACUACCAUCAUCCAGCUCAUAUCACAUCACCUCUCUCAAAGAACAAGUGUGGAACUUUCCCUGGAGAAGUGAGGAGAAAACAGACAGCUGAAGAGAGAAUCCAGUCUCAGGAAGAAGAACACAACAAUUUGUAUCUCCUGGAGGAACAGCAGCGACUAGCACUGGAGCGGGAAGCCAGACUUCAGACAGAGAUAGACAAGCUGUACAAGGAGCUGAAAGAACAGAAACAGCUCCUCAAAGAGAACCAUGACGUAAUGCAACAAUUACAGGAGCAUCUGCUGAAGGUGCAGUCUCAGCAGUUCCGGAGCAACGUCCAGGCAGAACCAGGGCAUGCAGUCAAAGCCGUGACCAAACCAGAGAGUAAAAUCUGCACUGUAAUGUAGAGAGCCCAAGUUUGACAUUUCCAAGUG